CCGGCUCCUACCUUCCUCCCAGCAUUCCCUCCGCCCUUGACAACGGAGGCCAAGAUGGCGUCGGCCACCAGCGUCGUCCGGAGGCUUCGCAACUGGCUCGCCGGGCGAGACCUCCAAGCCAAACUGCAGCUGCGUUACACAGAAAUCUCCAAGAGGACUCAGCCACCUCCGCGCCUCCCUGUCGGCCCCAGUCAUAAGCUUGCAAACAAUUACUACUGCACCCGGGAUGGACGCCGAGAGACUUCCCCUCCCAUAGUCCUCGUCUCGCCGCGGAAAACCUUGGCACCAGGAAUGCAAGCGGCCAGCUCGGAAUCUUCCGUAGCAACAAUGGAGAAGAAACCGGUGACGCCCGGCAUUCUGCCUCGGAAAUUGGAGCUGUCGAAGGACGAACCCUAUUUGUGAACCGGGCACGAUUCUUCAAAGCUGACCUUUGUAUAGGACGGCCAGCGUGAUCCAGCUUUCGCAGGAGAGCGGUGUAGCCCUGCGUGGAAGUAAUGCUGGCACAAAGACACUGCGGUUGAUGCCUAACAGGUUCAAUAAACUCUGUCCCUAACUUAA